CAUGUAAGUUUACACUACGGAUUAUUUCCUCAUAUCAAUAUUUGAUUGUGUCGUUGUUUGCUUAGCUUGUACAACAACAACAUCAAUUGUUGCUACUUGUCAGAGUUAUGAAGUAUCAUGGAAUGGGCAUUGCUAUUAUUUAGAUGGAUCAGCCGGAACCUGCGCCGCUGGUUAUAGUCUAGCAACGAAUGCUGUUUUAACAUGUAUAAGCACACUAUUUGCCGGAAAAACCUAUGCAACUACGACAUCGGGCAAUUGUUGCAUUUGGACAGCAGAUACAUAUGAAUGUUACGGUCUUGGGUCGAAUUGUAAUUCAGCUGGGCCAUUUACUUCAGGACCAACGUUGGGGGGUAAUAGUUGCACUAACGCACAAAACCAUGGCUCAAAACAACUAACAUUUUGUGGAAAUAAUUAG